AUGUCGGAGGUACAUGGAGACUCAGAGCUGGUCUCAUCAGGCCCUGAGCUUGACUACCCUCUUGCACUGGCUCCGCGACAGGUCACUCUACGAGACAGAGUGACAAUUGCCACGCUUGUCCCUUUCGCCUCAGCAGAGGAAAUACCCCGGGCCCUGCUGAAGUACCUCUCAGAUCAAUUCAACAAAGAAAUUGAAAAGGGAGAUACAUAUGCCAUGACCGAGCCCAUUCCACUGGCCCAAUUUGGACGGUACUGGUUCUCUAAUUUUGGUGUUGUCAUGCUUCUGGGUGACAUUGAGAGUGCCGAGCAGACACAUACCAUGGACCGCGCCGGUGCCAACUGGACCAAGCUUUGCCUUGGUGGCUUUCACAUUAGGCCUAACUACCCUGGUCGUAGUAGCCAUGUCUGCAAUGGCACGUUCAUUGUCACAGAUGCUGCUCGAAACAAGGGUGUAGGAAGACUGAUGGGUGAAGCCUAUCUGGAAUGGGCGCCCCGUUUGGGCUACACAUAUGCUGUCUUUAACUUGGUCUAUGAGUCUAACGUUGCAUCAUGUCGCUUAUGGGAUUCCCUUGGCUUCAAACGAAUUGGACGUGUCCCUGGCGGAGGCAGACUCAAAUCACAACCCGGAGAGUUUGUUGAUGCGAUUAUUUAUGGAAGAGGAUUGAGUCUGGAUGGCGAGGACUCCGUGUCUCAGGAUCGAUUCGAGAAGAUUCGCUAUUACUUAAAGCAUGACAAAUAUCCCCGUGGUGCUGAUCGAGCUGAAAAGAGUCGGCUUCGCAGUGCAGCGACACAUUACAAGCUCCUUGGGGGCGAGGACGGCGAGCCCGAGAGAUUGAUGCUGAAGGACAAAGAGGUCGUAUCGGACCCGCAGCAGCAGUACGACAUCUCUCAAGAGGUUCAUCUCAAGCAGCAUGCUGGAAUUAACAAAACCACGGCGGCUAUUGCAGUCAAGUACCACUGGGUGCGAAUCAAAGAGACUGUCAAUCGGGUGAUUCGUGACUGUCCACAAUGCAAAGAAACUGUCAAGGCACCUCCUCUUCCCGGAACCAAGGAAGAAGAUUCACCUCCUUCAGAGACUGUGUCGGAGAAUGUGUCCAGCACCGAGGCCAGCCCAAUGGAACCGCCCCCGACUCAGAAUGUCACACCAGCGAUAGACCAACAAAUGGACCAACAGAUGGAAGAAGCACCCGAACAACCUCCAACCCACAACCCUUUCAUGCAUCAACCCGUCUCAACAGCUGUGCCUGGCACAGUACACCCCAUGGCUGGAUUCGCUCCCAUGCCCGUGGACCCUCAAAUGAUGCAAUUGAACCAAUUACGACGUUACCAACAACAAAACCCCAUGGGCUCUUUUGCCCCUGGGCCGCACAAUAUGAACAUGAACUUUGACGAUGCAAUGCGCUAUCAUACGGCCAGCAAUGCCUAUCAGAUGAUGGUAGACGAUGGUUCAGAUCCCUUCCGGGAAGAUGUGCUUGGACUGGUGAAUCCAUCUGCACACGACAUGCAGCAUGAUGCGGACUUACUCGCCAAGUACGAGUAUGGGAGUCCAUCAGAGGGAAAUUAUGACUUUACGUGA